AUGAAUCCUAAUAGUUUUCCUCAAUCUCCAUCAAAAUAGAAAUUAAAUGAUUUCAAAACUCUUGAGGUAGUUGUUGUGCCAAUGGAGACUAACCAGUCUAUAUAUCAAAUGGACCUUAAAAUUAAAGGCAAUGAAACUAGCCUCAAAUAAGUUUUUGACGAAAAUGUAAACAACUACUGGACUAAAGUUUUUAAAGGACAUUCACCUAAAGAGCCACCCUCCUAUAGUGUUUUUCGUAAAACUAUGAAUGUUGAGGUUUAGUAUUUUGAGGAAUUCGCUGGAAAAAGUUUGCAUAUUCUUUUGUUAAAGUGUGAGGGAUUUAAGUUUCCUCGCAACCCAAACGCUCAUCUAUUGGAAUUAUUCUGCAAUACGCAUUUUUAUGGACCUUUAGUGGUGGCCAUGAACAUGAACUAAGUUCCUUAUCACUUAGCCAGUUUUAAGUAUUCCUUUAUUGAUGAGAUAAUCAGCAUCAAUGAAAAAGAAAAACGCUAAUAUCCACCACCAUUUAUCUAAACAAAUUCUCAAAAGAAAAAUAAAGCUAUGCCAUUCUAUGUUUCAAGUGAGUAAAAAAGUGUGCCUGAUGAUCUACUGCAGAUUAGAAAUAACAUGGAUCAAGACAUGUUUUAUAUUUACAGAUAUAAAACAGCAUAUUGCCCAUAGAAAAACGUUAAACAUGAUUGGGCAUAAUGCAUUUAUGCACAUAAGCCAUAAGAUUAUCGCAGACCACCAGAUACUUAUACAUAUUGGCCUGAUGACUGCAAAAGUUUCUUGUAAGAUUAGGAAGAUGGGUGCCCCCUUGGCUUUAAAUGUAAAUAUUCUCAUUCAACUUUUGAGAGACUCUAUCACCCUUUAAAAUACAAAACCAAUCCAUGUGAUUAAAACUACAAGAGCUAAAAGAAGCAAUGCAAAAGAGGAGAAAUGUGUGCGUUUUAUCAUGAUAAAACAUAGAAACGUUACCCUCAAGGAUGCCCAAAAACUUAACCGCAAAUGAUGAGACAACAAAGUUUCACUCCUGAUGUUCAGCAAAUUCAACUUGCCUUCUCUACUUCUCCUUAGAACUAGGCUCAACCAGAACUAGAGAAUUUGGAGUGCUUCUCCUUAGCACAGUAGCUGAUCAACUAAGAUCAGCAAAGCUUUUAUCAGAAUGUGCAUCCUUAAAUUCAGUCGUUUUAACAAUAGCAACUUUAAUAACAACAACAAAAUCAACAUUAGCAACAGAUUCUUUUGUAACAGUAACGAAUGAGCCAGUAGAAUCAAAUGAGCAAUGCUCUUAAUCAAAUGAAUAGAUAGUUAAAUGUGAACUAAAGUGGGAUUAAAAAUACCAAUAGCAAUCAUUUAAGAAACAAGGAUUACGCACUUUAAUCUACUGUCAAUACUGAUUCGUAUCUUAACUCUAUGUUUUCAUUUGAAAUUGGAGCCAAAGAACGAGCUUUAUCUACUGAUAAUAUUUUCUCAUCCCCAAAGGGCUUACCUUACUUAUCUGAUAUGGUUUUUCCUUAAUUAGAUGAGGAGAAUGAGGAGAUAGAAAUGCAUAUUGAAGAAGAUAUUUAGAAAAUGGUGCUGUCAAAUAUCGCCUAAGAUCAAGGAAAUCAUAGUAAUAGUGUUGAGGAAGAUAGUAUUUUCUCACACUCACCCCUCCAGAGCAUUCAACAACUUAAUUAAUCGAGUCUCCAACUUAAUUCAGCUUAGUUGCCUAAUUCAUUAACUUAAGGCCACAGACUUUACUGA